CGCAUCCCGAAAGAUUCCAUCUCAGAACCUCAUCGUCCGCCAUUACCAAACCAAUUACGUGAUGGUCGAGCACUCUUCCAGCAACUAGGAAACAGGCCCGAUUACCAGUAAACACUCCGAUGACCAGGCGAAGCAUGCAUUUUUCGAUGAUCCGAAAUAUUUCGAAACACUUUCGGUCAGCCCUAAACGUGGGCCCGAGGCUGCGCCCUUCGUCAUGUGCCGCGCGUAUCUGGGGAACCAUUUCAGUUCCUCUGUCUCGGAUACAAGCGAUUGCGCCACAAUACGACCAUGGCACCGAGCCGGCAUCUGGCGGCUCUUUGACAAUACGGUGCCGCCGAGUCGGGUCCGCGUUGUCAUUUCCAAUGGCUUGGUUCUGGUUGAAGCAUCAUUCUCAAAGGUGCUCACCUCGCCCUUCCCCCAGGCCACAAGAACACAUCAUCACGUCAACAGGCCCAAUUACAUUUUAUACUCAAGCACAAGUGUGCGUGGCACCACAGUCACUUGUACAAGUGAUUCAUCAUGAUACAACGUGGUGGUCGAUCCCUUUGAAUGGGUUCUUUUGCUUGUGCUUACUGUCUGCUGCAAUGUCAGAGUGUCAUCUCUGUUUCCACAUUCCUCUCUCCUCAAGUUUCCCUUGCUGUCUCGUUUCUUCUUUACCGCACGCAACACAGCACAUGACCAACACCGGCUGUCCGAAACCACAAGGGCAACGCCCGGUAUGCGAGAGUUCUCACCGCCCUGAUCACGCCGCAAACCCACGCUGGGUUUGAGGCUCAGAUCAUGUACGGCAAUGCUGUAUUUUGGUAGAGGUACCUUUUUCUCCUCGUAGGAUGCAUCGCUUCCGUCCACCAGGCACAACUCAGGCACUCAGAUGUUCCCAUCAAGAGACAUAGGUACCUCCCGAACUCCCCGACACGGUUCCUGCCGUGGGUUUCCACCACCAUGCUCGGAAACGGGAAAGCAUGCCCUCCCUGGUCUGUCAACGCGGCUUUGCGAGCAUGAUCAAAUAAUACCUGGUCUCGUGGCCUGAGGAGUCAGGAGUAAGACCAUGUUGCCUGCGGUUGGACGACGUCAACAACUCGAAGCCUCGAGAAAGCGAGUGAGGAGUCAUUUUCUGGAGCUCGUCUUCAUCUUGCUACAGUUCCUGACCGAACGAGAUCUUACCAGAC